AUGGAGUCGGAGCGAGCUGAGGGCAGAGAGAUGCGAGCUCAGAAACACAGCAGAGCCAGCCAGAGAUCCAUGUUUCUCACCCCCAUGGUCAACAGCUGCAAGUUGCACCUGACAGGUGUCAGAUCACCAGAGGGAGCCCAGAGGAUGAUUGACUCCCAAGAAGAAGGAGUCGUGGCUCAUUGCCUCCCAGAAAGCAGGUUGCAUGCAUGCAGAGGACUCGCCCAGACAUCUCCGGUGCCAUCCUUCGCCGGUGGCUCCACAGACCCCCCUGCACACAAUCCAGGACCACGAGGAUGUGGUGCUCAACGCGGUUGGGAUGCAGUGUCACAUGCUACACAAGAUGCCAGAGUCAAAUCUUGGAGACCAACCCACAGUGCAGGGGCCACUUACUACGGGAAUACCUUAAACCGUGCUCAGCCAGCAGGUGUUUCUGGGGGAUUUAAAUACAAUGCGGUCCCUGGUUUUCCCUUCCCUCAAUCGUCCUGUCACAGUUUUGCAUCGAGUUUUCAACGAAUCGACAUGGACAGGCGCUGUCUGAAAGAGUGCCCCCAGCUGGGUGUUAUGGAUGAACUACAGCUUCUCAACCUCCAGCACAAUCUAAUCACAGGGAUCCAGCAUCUGUCACAUCUGCAACAGCUCGUUUUUCUGAACCUGUACGACAAUCACAUCUCUGAAAUGACUGGCAUUGAAUCUCUAAGCUCUCUCAGGAUCCUUAUGCUGGGGAAGAACAGAAUCAGUAAGAUAUGCUGCCUGGGAGGCCUGUCCAAACUGAACAUCCUGGAUUUGCAUGACAAUCAGAUCUGCAGGAUAGAAAACAUGUCUCACCUGAGCGAGCUGCGAGCGUUGAAUCUGGCGGGAAACGGCAUAUGCAGAGUGGAAAACCUGCAGGGCCUGGACGGUUUGACUGAACUCAACCUGCGACACAACCGCAUCUCUGCAGUGACCGAGGUGGACCGCCUGCCCCGCUUGCAGCGCCUCUUUCUCAGCUGCAACAACAUCAGCAGUUUGGAUCAGCUAGCCUGCCUUGGAGAGUCGCGUUCCCUUUCCGAGCUCACCCUGGAUGGGAAUCCUGUAGCCCUGGAGACAUGGUACAAGCAGGCCGUCCUGCGCUGUGUGCUUCAUCUGAAACAGCUGGACAUGAAGCGCAUCACAGACGAGGAUCGGCGCAUGGCUGGUGUACAGGCUCGAAAAGAGGAGGAGAAGAAGAGGGAGAGCCACAAGCAGACCCUAAAUAAGGAGAAGCGGCGUCUGGCGAUCCGUAAUGCAGCGCAGCAGUGGGAGGGUGUCAGGGCUUGCCUGGAGCUGCCACCCACAAAUGGUGCUAAAGAAGAAGUCAGUCCGGAGAACAGCCCCGCCCACAGCCCCGCCCAGACCAAUGGCCACGCACAGGAACCGUCUCCGGAUGAACCCAGACGGGUAAGCCCAGGUUCAGGACCGGAGCGACCACCAGUGGGAACGGAGAACAGACUCCGCACCAACAGCCGACCAAACAGCCCGAGAGACCCCAAGUUUGUGGAGGCAGGAAGUGGCAGCAUUCAGAGCUUGUCCCUCUCCGACAGUCACCUGGCGGAGCUGGACGGAGACACCCUGCGUUUAUUCGGACCCGGAGCCCUGGAGGCCCUGGAGAGGGGCUGGGGAGUUCAGACCGCUGGAGCCGUCACCGUUAUCACCUUCCGCUACAUCAGCUUCGACGCCAUUGUACCAGCACUGCCGCGAAUACGAGUCAAGUUCCCCAAUCUGUCGCACCUAAUCUUCAUGGAAACCAACAUCGGCCGUCUGGCCCAGCUGGCGGCCCUGGCUCAGGUGAGGCGUCUGGAACAGCUGACCAUCCACUCAGAGGGCAACCCGGUGGUCAGUCUGGCUCUGUGGCGCUCCUUCGCCGUCUAUCGCCUCCACCACCUCAACCUGCAGAGAGUCAAUGGCCAGGAGGUGACCAUGAAUGAUGUGAUCGCUGCAGAGCGUGUGUUUGGCACACUGGGUCACAUAGCAGCCACCGAAACUCCACGUUGCCGGCUCCUCCUGCUGCUGGAGGAGUCCAGGAAGCGCCAGCUGCAAUUCCUGUUGGAAGGGCGUGGCCGGCGGGCAGGACUGAGUCCGGAAGAGCUGCGAGACAAUGGGAAGCUCCUGGGAGAAGGCCUGAGCAGAGCGCUGUUCAACUACCCAAGCAGAGACUGCAGUGCAGAGAGCCCUGAGGAGGGCACUGUGGAAUCCUCGGAACGUGCCACCGUGGUAGAGCAGUACCUGCAGGAUUUGGUCGGAAGGGCCUCUGACACCAAUCUGAAGGGCGAGGCCCUGCACAAGCUCUGGCCCUCCAUGUUUGCGGAGAUUGUAAGGGACUGCGUGUUGGAGAUGAGGGACCAGGCAGCCUUCCGCCAAGCCAGCCUUGCGAAGCUCUCUGAGACCAAGUGA